UUCUUUUUAUUUUUGAUAUUGUUUAUUUGUAUGAAAUAGAUGGGAGCAAGGUAUGGGCCCUUCAUUCCAUGUAGGAGAUCCCACCUGCCUGCAUGUGGUCCAUCUUCACCCCCUGACUCUUUCCCAGUCUGUCUCAGAGACUGUUAAACUUCGCUGUCGUGUCAGCUUCCACCACAGGCCCCAGCAGCGUGUUCCGAGCACCUGGCGCUUUCUGUGUGACAAAAUACCUUUAAGCCUUGAACUUUCUUCCUCUCAAUUUGACAUUCCCUCCCUGCGAGAUGGGCUCUGGCUGUCUACCCUGUCUACACCCUCGUAGUUUUAAAGGUCAGCUCUCUCCUCCGCCUCCAAAGAAAGCAGUCCACACCUUCCAGCCUUCUUUCCAGCUCAUACCCACCCUCCAUCCCAGCGAGUCUCUUCAACCCUCAACAUUCUUGCGGCUCCCAGGACAGUAGAGACGUGCAGUGGCACAACUGGCUAAGCUCUCGGAUCCAUCGUCCUGGGUUCAAUGCUGACCUCAGGCACUGGGUGUAGAGCUUGCACCUCCUCAUCUCAGAGACGUGCAGGUAGGCUAGUUGGCCCCUGUGAGUGGUAAAAUUGUCUUUGGGGACAAGUGGGAGGGGGUUGAUGGGAAUGGGAGGGAGAAUAAAGUGGGAUUUCUGCAGGAUUAGUGUAAAUGGGUGGUUGAUAGCCAGAAAGGACUCAAUGGGCUGAAGAGGCUGUAUUUGUCCUGUAUCUGUCUGCGUCUAUGAUGUUAUAACCUAUAUUUGACCAUUUUUGAUAAUCAUUUAACCGGCCACUUUGCCAGCUGGUGGCCUUUGGCUGCUGCUUGCCGCAGCCUAACGGGAGUCCAUGUGGCUAUUACUGGCCAGACGUGUCUGUGUCACCCAGACCUGUCUCAGUGGCCCUACUGCUUAGUUCCAGAUUCAGCCUCCUCUCGGUCGUCAAGGGCCGGAAGGAGAUGAUUCCACCUGGAAUGGUUGGGGAGGUGGGUUACUCACGAGUCACCUCAGCUCCACCUCAAGCAGGGUGGCCAUCCUGCAUCCCAUCUUCCCACUCCGAGAUUAUGGAAGUUCAGGAACUCGAUCCAGGCUGCCUGCUUCACCUCACCAUGCACCAGGGUGGUGUGCAGAUACAUGUUGUAAGUCUGUACGCCCCUGAGCCUGGCUCCUGUACGUGUGUCCUCUCUUCUGGUCUCUAUUGAUGGUGAGUGUGACUUCCUAGAGGGUGAUAUCAGUUGCACCCUUGAGGAGAGGGAUGGUUCUGAUCCCCAGUCUAGCUGAGCAUCAGUGCGGAAGUUAAAGGAGCUGGUCAGAUGGUUGAUGUCUGGCCCCUGACCCUGAUACUUUCUCCAGAAGGUUGGAAGGAGGGUGAGUUUCACAGAUAGAUUGCUGGUAAAUCUCCAGGGUGCACAUCUCCUGCAUGUCAGAGGUCUCCAUGUUUGACAACCACCUGGUGUGGGCAAAGCACAGUUGUUGGCAUUUAAAUAACUGGCUUCUGGAAGAUGGUGAAUUUCAGGAUACAUUCCAUCAUUUUCGGGGUAUUUGGAGAAAGGAAUGGGGGACUUUUCCCUCCUCGAGGCUCUGGUGGGACGUGGAUGUCUCGUCCAAUUGUUUUGUCAAGAGCAUACACAUGGGUUGACCAAGCCGUUGGACCUGGGCCUAAUUCCAGCUGGGGAACUGCUCUUCUGGGAUAACUACCAGAAAAAGAAGUUCUGAAGAACCUGCAGUUCCAGAAACCCCAAGGUGUGUACAUAAGGUUGUGAGUCCAAGAUUUGGACCACUCUUCUACUUUCUGGAGAGAGGGUGAGAUGUCGGCUGGCAAGGAGUUCUCCUCCGCCACCGAUCUGGCUGGAAUUAUUGUAGAAGCCCUCUCCUUCUGUGAGACUCUGCUCUCACCAGACUUUUCCAGGGAGGAUGCGAGCAGGACUUUGUGGGAGGGGUAGCCCGAGACUGUCGAACAGCCAGAUACUCUGCUAUCAUUGAAGGAGCUGACCAGCUCCAGAGGUGAACAGGCUAGCAGUUGAAUUCCUUUGUGUCUUCUGGGACCUGCUUGGAGUGGGAUUGACCAUACCAGAGUAGUAGGGAAGAGCCGACCAAUGGUGAGAGCCUUUCUGUUAGGGUGCCCGAUGUUGGCGGAGUUGUACUUUGCGUGGAGCCAUUCCUACACCUUCUCUGUGGUAGGUUUGGUUCUACAAGAACUGGACAUAGAGAACAUCCUUUCAGCUUAUGACAUCUCCCUCAUGGUUACUGACACCGCUGACUUGCAGGCGAUGUAACAGUGCUGGCAGAUCUUCUUGGCCUGUCCUCUGCAAGAGUCAACUGGGAAGAGUUCUGGUCGUUUGGUGGAUCAGUGGUAGGUGGACACACUGGCAGAGGGGUUAAGACCUUUAGCUGUGGGGGCCUGGUGGCCUGGAGAUGGCACUGUCCAAAGCUGGUUUGUGCAAUCUCAUGCCGGGGGGGGGGAGGCACUGGUCAUAAAUCUGCUAGUGGCCCCCAUGCUUUGGUACUGGGUGGUCUUUUUGGUCCCCUCAUUGUCUUUGUCUCCACAAUCCAGAAGAGGCUGGUGGAUUUCUGCUGAGACACGGUGGGGGGGGGGGGGGGGGAAUCGUGUCUAUGCUGACUCCUACUCAGCUUGAAUUAGGGAGCCAAGGCCUAAUAAAUGGCAGGAUACUCGGGAGUGUGGGAGAGCAGAGGAAUCUUGGGGUACAUGUCCACAGAUCCCUGGAAGUUGCCUCACAGGUAGAGAGGGUAGUUAAGAAAGCUUAUGGACUGUUAGCUUUCAUAAGUCGAGGGAUAGAGUUUAAGAGUCGCGAGGUAAUGAUGCAGCUCUAUAAAACUCUAGUUAGGCCACACUUGGAGUACUAUGUCCAGUUCUGGUUGCCUCACUAUAGAAAGGACGUGGAAGCAUUGGAAAGGGUACAGAGGAGAUUUACCAGGAUGCUGCCUGGUUUAGAGAGCAUGGAUUAUGAUCAGAGAUUAAGGGAGCUAGGGCUUUACUCUUUGGAGAAGAGGAGGAUGAGAGGAGACAUGAUAGAGGUGUACAAGAUAUUAAGAGGAAUAGAUAGAGUGGACAGCCAGCGCCUCUUCCCCAGGGCACCACUGCUCAGUACAAGAGGACAUGGCUUUAAGUUAAGUGGAGGGAGGUUCAAGGGGGAUAUUAGAGGAAGAUUUUAUACUCAGAGAGUGGUUGGUGCGUGGAAUGCACUGCCUGAGUCAGUGGUGGAGGCAGAUACACUAGUGAAACUUAAGAGACUACUAGACAGGUAUAUGGAGGAAUUGAAGGUGGGGGGUUUAUAUGGGAGGCAGGGUUUGAGGGCCAAAUGGCCCGUACUGUGCUGUAUUGUACUUUGUUCUUAUUUCUCUGAGGAGAGGGUGCACACUAACGUGAGCUGCCUCGUGGAGAUGUCCACCAUGCCAUUUCGUGAUGUGUGGAGACCUUUCACACCCUUGUCCUCGUCUGCUGACCGGACGUGCACUGGUGGUCUGUAUCACCAUCAAGGUCCCUGGUGGAGGUCUCAUUACUCGGGGAUUCACCAGAUUUGUCAGCGGGUCACUGACUCCCCAAAUGCACCUGUUUCAGUGUCUGAAAGGAGCCAGUGGACCAUGAGUGUGAGAGUCUGCAGCCCCUGUCUGCGUAUCAGAGGUGGAGGCUGCACAUGUUCUGGUUGUAGGUCAGCCCCUCACUUCUGAUAGGGGCACAAAGAGCGUGGGGGGGGGAGGAGGUUGCUCAGGAGAUCUGCUGGUGGGUUUUUGCUUGGGCAAGAUGGGCGUGUAUGCUCUAGUUGAAUGCUCUGCCAGUGUAGACUACCAGUCUACAUUCUGGGGUUACACACGUACCUGGGUAUACAUGGAAAGGGGGCAUGUGCCCAGUGUGGGAGCCCUGACAAUGGUGCCCCAACGGGAAAUGACCCUCUGUAGAUGAUAGUAGCUAUAUUUUAUUUUAAAUUUGUAAACCACUCAUCAUUGUGUGUGUUUUGUGAGUGAAAAAAGAGCAGGUACUGGGGUCUGGACAGGGGACUGUUGUAGGGCAGGUACUGGGGUCUGGACAGGGGACAGUCAGUUGUAGAGCAGGUACUGGGGUCUGGACAGGGGACAGUCAGUUGUAGGGCAGGUACUGGGGUCUGGACAGGGGACAGUCAGUUGUAGAGCAGGUACUGGGGUCUGGACAGGGGACAGUCAGUUGUAGGGCAGGUACUGGGG